AUGAAUUCUCAAUCACAAUCUCAAUCAACCUCCGUUGAAGACAUCUUCGAUUCCUCACUGAAUUUAGAGGAAACCCAUUUCAAGGAAGGCUACAACGAAGGCUACAGUAACGGGUUAAUGUCAGGCAAAGAAGAAGCAGAACAAACGGGCCUGAGAAUGGGCUUUGAAAUCGGUGAAGAACUUGGGUUUUACCGUGGCUGCGUUGAUGUAUGGAAUUCUGUUAUUCGGGUUGAACCGACCCGGUUCUCUACCCGGUUGAAAGAGUCCAUUAAGAAGAUGGAGGAGUUGAUUGAGAAAUACCCAGUUUUAGAACCGGAAGAUGAGAGUGCGAAUGAGAUUAUGGAUAGUUUGAGAUUGAAGUUUCGGGUUAUAAGAGCGGGUUUGGGUGUGAAAUUGGAGUAUGAUGGGUAUCCGAAACCUAAGGAAAUUGAGUUUUGA